AUGCUCAAGAUGAAAUCGGGACCUGCAAAUGUCAACGAACAAGUUUGUGAUUUAACAGAUGAACACAUGUCAUUUCGAAUCAACAUUAGAAUGAUAUAUCGUCAAUAUGUCAAUUUCAUGUCGCUUGCGAUAUUAAUUCAAUGUCGACAUAACAUCGCAAUUAAUGAUUUAAGUGAUAGCAUGAUUACACCCACCAUAAAAAGCAAACCUACUUCAAAGGCGAAAAAUGGCUAUAGGAUGGUAAUGACGUUUGCAUUUAUCAAGAUUAUAACAAUGCCCCUUCACACCUUGGUUCCUUUGGGAUUUAUGGAUAAUGUUAAUCGGGAUUUCAAAGAUAUUCUACAAAAUAUAGCAUCACGCUUACAGUACAAUUCAACAUUCUCUUAG